AAGUCUGGGCUGUCGGACUGGGAGGCACCGCGGGGUCCUACCCGCGGGCUCUGGCCGCUGCUUUUGAAGUGCGGGUCUUGGCUGGGGCCCAUGGACUAGCGCCCACCCCGACGCCGGGGCGGGAGCGGGCCGUUCCAUCGACCCUGAGGGUGGACCAAGGAAUCUGGGGGUUCCACGCGUGACAUCACAAUUGCCUCUGUGGGGGCGAGGCCAGAGAGGCAUUUCCUAGGAGACGCGGGCGCACUGCCCCUCCCUUGCUUCCCCCUUUUCCCUCUUUCCUAGUUUCUUCCGUCCCCUUUCUUCUUCCCUCCCUUCCCUCCCUACUCCUUUUGACUGCUCUGGUGCCCACCCCCUGUGCCUCAAGGGCGGGGAGAGCCCCUCGGCCCCGCAGGACACAGGGAGGAUUCUGUACAGAUGAGCAUCACCUGUUGGAGUGCUAUGGCGUUCUCAGCUCACUGCAACCUCCACCUCGCCGGCUGACUCAAGCAGAAUGUGGUUUUAAGGCUUGGCUAUGGAGCUUCAUAUACAGAAUGACCCUUUGUUUACAGUCAUGUGUCCCCAGCCAACAAUGUAAACAGGUUUCCCAGUUGGGAGAGAGGACAUCUGCUGGCCGAUGUGACAUCCAGCACUUGUGUGUCUACCGUCUCCUCUGAAGGUGACUGCAAGGAAUCUGACAGGUGCUGCUGGAAACACAAGCAGUGCACUGGGCACAUCAUCUAUCCCUUCGCCUCUGACUGUGGCCACCACAGCCUGCACCGACACUCUGUCAAGCACUGCGACUGUAAUUCUAGGUGACACCCCCCCCUCAACUUGGAGAACCCAUGGCAGAGCCACGUCCAGACUUUCAUUGUGGUCCCCCCUUCAACCUUUGGUUUGCCUCUUCAGCUUUGACCUGGUGCUGCUGGCCCAGCCCCAGCUCUCACCUUGCUCUGCUCUAAGAGCAAUGGGGAGGAGGUCUGUUGGCGGCCUGGGCCAGGCCCCGCAGAAGCCCACUGUCCCUAAGACUUCUGGCUCUGGGUCCCUGGGGGAAGUGAUGGGAGACAGACUGAGAGUCCCAUGUGUGGCAGGCAGAAGGACUGCUCAGAGAAUAGCAGCAGCUCCCGGGGCGCUGGCCCAACCUGCUCCCAUGUCAUCGAGUCCCCUUGCUUUGAGCUCACCCCGGAGGAGGAGCACGUGGAGCGGUUCUGGUAUGGCUGGUGUGAAAGCUACAGACCUGUCUCUGUGGCAGUGAUCCACCAUCCCCUUCACCAUGAGUGUGGAACAGAUGAUGUAAAUCAAGAAGAGGAAGAGGAGGAGGAAAGCAAGCCUCCUAUCCCGGCGCAGGUGGGGCCCGCCACUGCCUCCCCUGACCUAGGCACCACCAUGGCCACUGGUACCCCUGACUCUGCAGCACCCAUCACCAUCUGGCGCUCUGAGAGCCCCACAGGGAAGGGUCAGGGCAGCAAGGUGAUCAAGAAGGUAAAGAAGAAAAAGGAAAAAGAGAAAGACAAGGAGGAGGGCACGGAUGAGAAGGCAAAGCUAAAAAAAAAAGCCAAGAAGGGCAAAUUGACUAAGAAGAAAAGCCCAGUUAAAUCAGAGCCUUCCCCUCCAGACGUGAGCCGAUCAUUAAGCCCAAGACAGCUGGCCAGGAUGUCCGAGUCCAGCCCAGAAAGCCGGGAAGAGCUGGAGAGUAAGGACAGUUACAGUGGCCGGGGGCAGGGGGAACUGUCCAGCGAGGAUAAUGUGGAAUGGUUAUCACCCAGGAAGAAAGAGAACACAGUACAGGCCAAGAAGACAGGGGCAAAGCCCUCACAAACCAGGAAGGUAAACAAGAGAAAAUCUCCCCCAGGAUCAAACCCCAAUCUCAGUUGAGGCCAGGGUGCAGAAUAAAUGCCAUAGAGCCUGUGGCUGGUCCCCU